AUGCCGUCCUCCAUCCCCGAGGCAGACAGGAGGCACAGAGCCUCAGCAGCAUUUUCUCUGAGUUUCCUCUCUUUAAUCUUCUCCAUCACGGCUUUCAGCAGCAGUUACUGGUGCGAGGGGACCAGGAAAGUGGCCAAGCCUUUCUGCAAAGGGGACAGCAAAGGGGAUCUGUGCAUCCGCUUCAACAGCGCCGACGGCAACGGCAGCCAGGCUGUGCAGUACAUCUGGGAGACUGGCGACGACAAAUUCGUGGAGAAGAAGUUCCACGCUGGCAUCUGGUACUCCUGUGAGGAAAUGAUCAAUGAGGAAGGUGAGAAAUGUAGAAGCUUCAUCAGUCUGACUCCAGCUUCUGAUCGAGGGGUUUUAUGGCUGUCCAUUGUAGCAGAGCUUCUCUACGUGGUUUUGCUCCUGAUUGGAAACAUUCUGAUGUCAGUAGAAAUCUGCUACUACAGCUCUGUCAUUGAUGGGCUGAAGAUCAAUGCCUUCUCUGCAGUGGUCACCGUGCUAGCAGGUCUUCUGGGCAUGGUUGCUCACAUGAUGUACACAACUGUGUUUCAAAUGACUGUAAAUCUUGGUCCUGAAGACUGGAGACCUCACACUUGGGAUUAUGGCUGGUCCUAUGGCCUUGCAUGGACCUCCUUCGCUUGCUGUAUGGCCGCAGCUGUCACCACUAUUAACAAAUACACGAAAACUAUCUUGGAAUUCAAGCACAAAAGGAAAAAGCUGGAAAGGAGCUUUAGGAUUCAGUACAAGUUUCCUGAGUACACAGCUCCAGAGAAGGUUUGCAAUGUGUAUGUGAACUCUUUCCAGAACACCACAGAUGACCCCGCACAUGCACUGAGAAGUCUGCGCCACCUGGCCACUAUUUCAGUCCUGUAAAGCC